GGGUAGAGUGGGGGUAGCAGGAGGGAGGACUGCAUCCAGGCUGGCAGACGGUUGCUGGAGCCAGCGUUGCCCUCCCUCCCAGCUUGGCGGUGGCUUGAAGAUGGGGAAAGGAAUGUGUAGUAAGGAAAGCACCUGCCCGGGACCCCCACCUGCCAGCUAGCUGGACACUCUAAGGUGGUGUGCUGCCCACCUGGUGUUCUCUCCACCAUCCCCAGCCCUGUCCUGUUGCACCCCACUGGUGCCUGCUUCCCUGAUGUCUUCGAUUUAGACCAGCCCUGCUGUAUCCAAGGCAACCGAAGCAGGAGUAUCACUAGCUAUGGAUCACUGAGGGUCCCACAGUGUGGCCCAGUCUGUGACUGUCCGAGGGUGAUCCCCUCCCUGGAUUUAAGGACAGCCCUUCUGAGAGAGCUCAGGUGCAACCCAGCGAGACAACUGAUGGAGUCUUCCAGAGCCAAUUGGGUUCCAAGCUGGCUGAUGCCAUAGGGCUGGGAGCAGCUUCCGCCCCUCAGUAUGGCCAACACCACUGGAGAGCCUGAGGAGGUGAGCGGAGCUCUGUCCCCGCCAUCAGCAUCAGCUUAUGUGAAACUGGUGCUGCUGGGACUGAUUAUGUGCGUGAGCCUUGUGGGAAAUGCCAUCUUGUCCUUACUGGUGCUCAAGGAGCGUGCCCUGCACAAAGUUCCUUACUACUUUCUGCUGGACCUGUGCCUGGCUGAUGGCAUACGCUCUGCUGUCUGUUUUCCCUUUGUGCUGGCUUCUGUGCGCCAUGGCUCUUCAUGGACAUUCAGUGCACUCAGUUGCAAGAUUGUGGCCUUUAUGGCCGUGCUCUUUUGCUUCCAUGCAGCCUUCAUGCUAUUCUGCAUCAGUGUCACUCGCUACAUGGCCAUUGCCCACCACCGCUUCUAUGCCAAGCGCAUGACACUCUGGACUUGUGCAGCUGUAAUCUGCAUGGCCUGGACUCUUUCUGUGGCCAUGGCCUUCCCACCUGUCUUCGAUGUGGGCACCUACAAGUUUAUUCGUGAAGAGGAUCAGUGCAUCUUUGAGCAUCGCUACUUCAAGGCCAAUGACACACUGGGCUUCAUGCUUAUGUUGGCUGUGCUCAUGGCAGCCACACACGCUGUGUAUGGUAAGCUGCUCCUCUUUGAGUAUCGGCACCGCAAGAUGAAACCAGUGCAAAUGGUGCCAGCCAUCAGUCAGAACUGGACAUUCCAUGGCCCUGGGGCCACUGGCCAAGCUGCUGCCAACUGGAUCGCCGGCUUUGGCCGUGGCCCCAUGCCACCAACCCUGUUGGGUAUCCGGCAGAAUGGGCACACAGUUAGUCGGCGGCUCCUGGGCAUGGACGAGGUUAAAGGUGAAAAGCAACUGGGCCGCAUGUUCUACACAAUCACACUACUCUUCCUGCUUCUCUGGUCACCCUACAUUGUGGCCUGCUACUGGCGAGUAUUUGUGAAAGCCUGCACUGUGCCCCACCGUUAUCUGGCCACUGCUGUUUGGAUGAGCUUUGCCCAAGCUGCAGUCAACCCAAUCGUCUGCUUCCUGCUCAACAAGGACCUCAAGAAGUGCCUGAGGACUCAUACCCCCUGCUGGGGCACAAGAGGUGCCCCAGCUCCUAGAGAACCCUACUGUGUCAUGUGAAGAAGGCUGGUAGGCAGGCGGGCAAGGAGAAGGUCAUCAUCAUGAUUGGGCUAACCAAAAAUGAGAGGUGGGGUCCUGUACAGGAGCCUUUCUUUCUGAGCUUCUGCCCCAGCCCCUCAAACUACCCAGGUUCUAGGUACCUUUAUCAAUACUGCCCCAGAACUGAGGACUGAGUGGGAGACUCUGAAAGAAGUAUUUCUAAUUCUUUGAGGCUUGUCUCCUCCACCUCCUUUUUCUCUACUUCUAUAAUGUCUUCUAUCCUCUCUAUCUUUCUGUGACAAUUCAGAAAAAGAAAACCAGAAAAACUGAAAAUGCAGGUUUUUCUACCAACAGCUAAGGAGACAGGCUUUCAUGCUUUAAUGUCUCUCCUUUUGACAUUGUGAAGAAGAGGGAAAUAUGUUCUGUAAAAUAGACUUCCAGGGCUCUUACUACCUUCUCCCACCCUACUCCCAUGCAACCCACCCUUCCAAGUCUUUUAACAAAGCCUGGUUAUUUAGGGAGAAAUUGAGUCGCUGACAAAGUACCAAGGUGGGUGUUGGGUCUCCCAAGAGCAGAAAUCUUUCAUUGCUAUGUAUGUGCAGUGUUACUUUAAGCUAAUCCUAUUCACAAGCCCAGUCUCCUCUCCCUUCCCACUAUGUCCAGACCUCUCAAGUGUUUCUUGAUUAUCUAUUUGAGAAGAUAGAAGGGGAGGGAAAAGAAUCCUUGGGAGGACCUAAGUUAAGAGCAGGAUGUGAGCUGCACACUAUAAGCUGAAUAGAAUCAAGCUUGGCUGUAUGUAAUUUUGAACUGCCUCCUGGAUCCCUAGACCACCUCUUCCUGAGGAUGGAAAUACACUCCACCUGCAGUAGGGCUAACGUGGAUGACAUUAUAGGCAGGAGAUAUGCCCCUCUCCCAAAGAAGUAUGAAAAAACCUGAGUUAUACAGAGUAGUUAGAUCUUUAACCUUGGAAGGUGAGUGGAAUUCAACCCUAGAAUCAUCUGGAUUCAUUACUACUCUCAAGAAGAUGAAAAUACUUUGGGGGCCUUGGUAAUUCAUAUUGGUACACAGUUGAAUAUUGUAAACAAAGUGGACCUGAAUCCAUUCCCAUCUGAUCUCUUUUUUGUCCUCUACAAGCCUCAUGAGUCUCAAGCCCCUCUGUAAUCAUCCUUAACCUUCUGGACCCUCAGACCCAAACUUCUUUUUUCCUAAUAUCUAUUCACUCACUUCCUCCCUUCAUCCAAAUGGGAAUAGACUGCAGCAAAAGUCCCCAGGAGGUGGGAGAUUACAAGCCUUACUCUAGGGCAGAAUUCACUGUGGGAUCUCAUCAAAGUCAGUUCACAUGAACUGGUGAGCCAAGGUGGCACUUGAUCUUGUCCAGGUUCUUUGGCUCCUUCCCAUUUCCUGGGAAAUGGAAAGAUGAUAUUAUCCACCACCUUUAACCCUCUGAAGGCCUGUCCUAAGAUCCCUUCCUACCUCAAGACAUCCCCAGAACUAGGGAAGCCUUGACUUAAGAAUGAGGAGGGCACUCUGGGCAGAAAAGACAGAAAUAAGCCUGGCUAUGGAGUGGCUUUGGUAAGGCAGGUCAGAGUGGUUGAGAGGAUAGUGAUGGGGGUACCUGUUCUCUCAGUGAUAGUGAUGGGUGUGCUUUUCCCAUGGGGUGGGAGUGGGGGGUACAGUUGUGGGGGUAGAUAAGGAUACAUUCAGGAAGGGUUUCCUUCAUUUGUUUUUUUUCUAACUGCCUGGAUUCACCAUUGGAUUUUGCAAAUGGAAAACAAAUGAAAAAAGCUAUAUUGGAUGUAUUCUC